AUGAAUUCUCAAUCUCAAUCAGACAAUGCAGUAGGGAUGCAAGGAGUAGUAGUACAUGAUGAUUAUGAUGAUAAUGCUGCUUACUUCAACUCCUUACCACCAGGUUUCAGGUUCUGCCCUAAUGAUGAAGAGCUUAUUAAUUACUACCUGCAGAAGAAAAUCAAGAACCUGCCACUACCCUUGAACCGAAUCAGAGAUGUUGAGCUCUACAAACAUAACCCUGACUAUCUUGCUGGUACGCUGUUAUAUGAAGAGAAUCAAUGGUAUUUCUUUACGCCCAGAGAUCGUAAGUAUAAAAAUGGAGCUCGACCAAAUCGAGCAGCUGGGAUUGGCUACUGGAAAGCGACUGGAGCAGAUAAAAAAAUUGAGAGCAAUGAUCAAGUUGUUGGUUUUAGGAAAGCAUUAGUGUUCUACGUAGGAAAGGCUCCCAAUGGUGACAAGUCUGACUGGAUCAUGCAUGAGUUUCGGGUAAUAGAAAGUGAAAGUACUCCUUCCCGAAAUUUUAGAGGAUCAGAUAAUAUGAAGUUGGAUGAUUGGGUCUUAUGUAAGAUGUAUAAGAAGCCAGAGAAAUCAGAAGUUAACAAUACAGAAAGUCAAACGGCCGAAUUAACAGAAAGUCAAACAGAGGAUAUAGAUAAUGGAAAUGGUGUUUAUUCUGAUGUUAUUGAUGAAGAUGCUAGACCUGCAAAUACUGAUCCUAACAUUUCCAAUUCCGACGGCACAGGACUGAUCAACCCAUCUGGUGGGGAUGAAACUCUUCAAUUUAAUUUUCCUCCACUGCUUUCGGAACCCAAUUAUAUGUUUACUGAUAAUUAUCCUUACCAGUCCAACAUCAAUUUUGAUUAUGGGGAUCCUAAUAGUUUAGCAGUUCCACCAAUUUCUUUUAAGCCACCCACAAAUUUCAUAGGGGAUCCUAAUAGUUCAGUAGUUCAACCACUUUCUUUUAUGCCACCCACAAAUUUCAUGGAAGGUAACUAUCAACAAAGUUCUUAUUCGACUGGAUAUGGUUAUGAUGAUUAUUGGGAUUUCAAAGCAGAGGAUUUCGAUAUGUUACCCCAAUAUGGAGAGGAUUUCAGACUACAAGACGAUUUCAAUUUCAAUAUGUUACCCCAAGACUUCUCUAACAAUUUUCCACCAGUUGAUGAGAGUUUGCCAAAUAACACUGCGACAUCACCAAGCGACAAGUCUGAAGAACAACCAAAGAGUCCUCAUAGUUCAUGCAAGUGA